CAAGUUUGCUCAUCCAAUUACGAGUACAGAGGAAAGGCAUCUACUGUGCUACUGUGCCCCAUUUGUGACUGACAUGCUCUCCCCAACAUCACCACUGCCACCCCUUCUUGUUCGCAUGAUCUGCCCUGUCGUGCAGAGCUGGUAAUCUGGCAUACAGGGUAUUUUCCUGGUGGGCAGACAGUCCUCAGGGGCCUAUGAUUUGGUUUUUUUGGUUAGUUUGUUUCAUAUGUUCUUUUAGAGACUUGCCCACAAUUUUGAAGGGGCGGCCCAUCAGUGCAUUCUUUAUAUAUAAGUGGACUGAGGCCAUCGUAAUUGUUGUAUUGGGGUCGGGGUUAGGGGGAUGGUCAAUGCCAAAAAUGCCCCGGCCGGUUUGUGGUCCCAGUCCAGCACUGCUUUCGUGGGUAUGAGAGUAGGGCUUUAUUCGCCCUGUAACCGUUGAAGAGCAGAGCUGUUGCUGCCCCACCCCUGCAGGUCCACCAACGGGGCCAGCUUGCUUGCCCUGGUUGCAUAACCCCAGCUCGCUCAGCCCUGGCUGCCUCCUCACAGCAGCAGGAAACGUUGGAGCAGGGAACAGGCGGCUGAUUGCCAGGAAGGACAGGGCAACAGUGGGGACCUACGAGGGCUCUCCUGUUUGCUCGCUCUUCUGUGUGUCUUGUACUCGAGUCGUGUAACCUUUUUUUAAAAAGAAAACAUUGCUCAGAAAAGCAGUUGUUUAUUAUUUUUUACGGGAGUACAGGAGAUUGCAUCAACGCUCGUGAUCGGAAGAGUGGGGAAACGAAACUUUGAACUUCUACUUUGUUGGCUAGAAAGAUUAGAAAAAAGUUAAAAACAUAUUUUGGCGAAGAGAGGAACUUCACAAGAUCUGAAUUGAGAAAGCAGUUGGGAGAAACUAAGCAGGACUAAGAUAUGGCUGCCAUCCGGAAGAAGCUGGUGAUCGUGGGGGAUGGAGCGUGCGGGAAGACCUGUCUGCUCAUCGUCUUCAGCAAAGACCAGUUCCCCGAGGUCUACGUCCCCACCGUAUUUGAGAACUACAUCGCCGACAUCGAAGUGGAUAGCAAGCAGGUGGAACUGGCCCUGUGGGAUACAGCUGGCCAGGAGGACUACGACAGGCUGAGGCCCCUCUCCUACCCAGACACAGACGUCAUCCUCAUGUGCUUCUCCAUCGACAGCCCCGACAGCUUAGAGAACAUUCCGGAGAAGUGGACGCCCGAGGUGAAGCACUUCUGCCCCAACGUGCCAAUCAUCCUGGUGGGCAACAAGAAGGACCUGCGCAAUGACGAGCACACACGGCGCGAGCUGGCCAAGAUGAAGCAGGAGCCGGUGAAGCCCGAGGAGGGUCGGGACAUGGCCAACCGCAUCGGGGCCUUCGGCUACCUGGAGUGCUCGGCCAAGACCAAGGACGGCGUGCGGGACGUCUUCGAGAUGGCCACCAGGGCGGCGCUGCAGGUGCGCAAGCGCAAGAAGAGGGGUGGCUGCCUCCUGUUGUGAGGAGGCCCACGUGGGUGAAAGGGGGGGGGGGGGGGCGGCAGUAUCCCCCCACCACCACCACCACUACCCUCCUGAUAUAUACCCCCUCUCCUCCUCUCUGCUACAUUCAUGCGCCACCAACUGAGAAGAAGAAGAAACCUAUACAGGAUGAGAAAAAUCAUUGAGGGUGGUGUUUACCAAACAACAUCUUUUUGUACUGUAUUUUUCACAUUUCACGCCAACCAGAGGAGGACUAAUGAGCGCAAGUGCAAAGAAAAAAAAAGAAAAGUAAACAAAAAAACCUGCAUUUAUAAAAAAAUUAAAUAAAAAAGCCACCCAGUCUGGGCUGUAGCACAGAUUAGAUAUUGAAAUUUUCCUCCUUUUUUGCCUUCAUUUAUUUGUCUGUCUGUCUGUCUGUCAGCACAAUGGGUCUUUGUGUGUGUUUUUAUGUUUGUUACUGGGUGUGCAGUAAGGAAAUGGUAUUUUGUUGUCUCUGUAAUGUUUGUACUCUAAUCUUUUUUUUCCACGCCCCUCCCCUUUCAUCUUUGUGUAACAUGGACUUUCAUUCCAACAUGGGGCCAAAGGACCUCUGGCUCUCUCUCUCUCUCUCUCUCUCUCCACUAUCACACUCACCCAGCUGAGGUGAAACCGCCCAAUAGGAUGGAAUUUAGUUCAUUUCAGUCCGCAAGGGUUAAUCAUUACAAUCAGUGCCUUUUGUGUGCACGGUAUACCUGUCUGUCUGUCUCUCUUUUUCACAAAAGGAUAAUGGCCUUUUUUUGUAUCAUGCACAUUUCCUCACUACUUGUUUGUUUUUCUUUUCUUUUUUUUAACAUUUCCUUUUUCACAUGUAAUGGUGCUCUGCAGUGAAUGUUUGGCAAGGCAGGCCACCGAAAUGGCAAAUCAUCAUAUCCAAUCUCCAAUCGCCAGGCGACUGCAGUGCAGACUUCAAAACCUUCCCUUGUUCUCUCCACACCGCCUCUGUGCGCACACACACCAUAAACGCACACACUGAUCCUUUUCAUCUUUGUACUGUCUAUAUUGGGCCAACAGUUCAAGGCAAAAGGUCAUAUUGAGGUCUUGUAUUCCCACAAAUAACGACAUGAAACACAAGAUUGAGGUUGGCUGAGGGGCUUGCUGUGCUGUACCUGGCCAUGACUGAACCCUCUUCUCCUGAUUAAAGGCGCUCUAUGUAGGAUUAAAAGUUUAAUUAAUCACUGUCCUGAGUCAGCCGAUGCUUUUUUGAGACACUAGUAAGUGAACGAUGACUCGCAACCACUUUCACGGUCCGCUGUCAGAAAACCCCAAAUGUAAUUUUGGCGAGAGCGGCCCGCUUCGAGUGUCGUGGGAAACACUUCUCAUACGAAAAAUCACCUAACAUACUGUAUUCAGAUUUGUAUCGACUGCUGGCAAUCCGUGAUGAAAAAUUCACACAGCGAGUUUAUUUAAACAGCAUUUUUUUCAUGACUGUGUAGAUUUUGAGACAGACAUGCCACGGGCACCGCACAAACUACAUCAUCCUACAUUGUGCUCCUUUAAGCUCUGUGCCAGUCUAAUGCCAUCUGCCAGCUACAGUAAAUGCCCCCCCCCCCUCCCUGCUGAGACGCCUGCCACUGCACUCCUGAGCUGCUGAGGGUUUAAUGCCAGGCUGCCUGGGACACCAGACCUCAAGCUCCUGGGUCACACGCACAUGUCCUCCAGACAUGAAUAAGUCUAUGCAGCGAGUGAGCCCCUACAAGGUGGUCUGUCAGUGUAUGCUCACGUACUACUAGGACAUCAGAGUUCAUUUGGCCUGGGUCAUGGCCACCUCCAUUGAUUGGAGGGAAUACUUGAAGAAAGUCGUUUGUUUGUUUGUGGCUCAGAAGUUAGCCGGCUGGCUAGACGGGCGCGGCCAGGGCUGGUGGAGCUAGUCCAGGCAGCAUGCAGGCAAGCAGGCAAACUUCCCUCAGCCCCCAUAUUUAGUACCCCCUGCUCCAAACACACACACACACCUGCUCUGCUCUGUAUGGGGGAGUGAAGGCCUUGACAGCAACACAGUGAAAGGGGGAAGGGGAGGUUAUAAGAGAGCAGAAGCAGCAGUACCAGCUAACCAGGUGGCGGUUUCUCAGUGCCUUCCUGCUUUGAGUGACAGGUGACCUGUGUGCCUUUUAUGUUCAACUGUAGACAUUUAGGCCACAGAUUCAGACAGGUGUGCUAAAAGUUGAGCUAAGUUAAAAAAAAAAAAAAAAAAAAAACGCGCACAAAUGCAGUGAAAAGGGUAAAGUGGUUCAUGUGACGUGGCCUUGUUUCGGUUGAGCAUUUUUUUUCUCUCUGUGAGGCAAGUUAUGACUAGUCAAAGAAACUUGAAGUCUUCCUAAGGAAUUGUACCUUCUGUUGUUUUGCUUAGGGCAGCAUUCCACAUAUCUGCUGCUGUGGUGGUGGUGGUGGUGGUCAAAUGCUUGGGCAUGGUCCGGUGUUGUUAACAAGGCAAUGAGUCGGUGUGAGCACUGGGCCUUUUUCACAUGAUCUCAGAGACUUUCGAUUCAAUGCUUUUGAAGUAUCUUCUGGUAUGGACAUAAACAUAACCCCACUAUGGAAACCGGUAAACGGUUUAUAAGUGCUUCACUUCAAAAGUAAACUUGUUUGACGAAAUUGCGAAAAAAGGCUGAUGAGAAAAGAGAUUUUUCCUCACCUAAAAAGUUCACUUCCCACCUUUUAAACUCCGACUUCUGGGAUCACUAUAAUUUUCUGACAUUGGAAAAAAACACUGUCAACAACAGUGCACCCAAGACUACAUUUCCCAAGAUGCAACUGGAACAUGAUUUAGUGGCAUGCACUUGCCCUCACACAAUGCAUUCAGGCUGACCUUUGCUGCUGGGUUGGGCCGUGCUAGUGCCAGUGCUGUGCAGUGCAGUGCCAUUCGCACUGAUGAAUGUUCCAUUGCGGUGGCAUGUGUGAUCGUAAUCAACAGGAGGAGGGGUGGCGACUUGACUUGUCUCGUCUGACGAAUGGGCCUUCAGCAGUGCUGUGAUCUGUAAUUUAGCAAAAUGUCGGCAGAGAGGCAAAGCAGAGAAUGCUACUGUACAGAAGUAUCUGGUUUCACUGCUUGAGGAGGUGUGUAGGUUCCCCAUUCCCCGUAGGCCAAAAGAAUGUGAGAAAGUACAAAUGCUUGGAUUCCUGUGUGUGUGUGUGUGUAAUGCAGAACAUAACACACUGCAAGUGAACAUAUACACCCCCUUUUUUGACUUAGCUGUACUUGCCAAGCACAGUUUUUUUAGUGUUUGAGUCUGUAGUGGUUGAGGAACUGUACCUGAAGUGUGUCACCCAUGGGUAUGGCUAAUGACACUUACAAGAAAUCCCUCUGCUUUUGUUUACGCUGUCCAUAUCCGCCAGCCAGCAGCAUGGAUCCCUCAGAACCUGGCAAGGACGGGAUUAGAUUACCCUGUUGCUAAAGCAGAGGUGUGUGUGUGUGUGUGUUGGAGAGAGGGAUAGCGGUAGAGAGAGGUAGAGUGCACUUGUCACAUGAUCUUCCCUCUCUGAUGGCAUGUGAUCUGUUAGAAGAGAUGUGUGAUUACGGUUGAGAUUACCGGCAAAGAUGACUAAAGGGUGUGAGUGAGUGACUCAGCCUAGGUGACUGGUGUCAAGGCCUAUGAACGUUAUGAACGGUUGGCAAGGAAAUACCAUGUCUCCCACAAAAGGCAUUGUUUUAGUCAUGUGUUAAGUUUGAUUCUCCAAAGUAACACCUCAGCAAAUUAUCGCCAUUUUUUCUCCCUUUUGAUAUACUGAAGAUUGCAGCUCGUGUGUAUUGUGUUUUGAUGGUAUCAGAGGACAAGAAAAUGCCUUGGUAAUUGUAUUACUUUUCUCUGUUUGGGAUCACGGGUCUCCAGUUUGAACAGAUUAAAGGCAUGAAACUCCUGAGUUAGUGCAGGCUGCUUUGCACAUAUCACACACACACACAAUACACCCACACGUAUGCACAGAGACACAGUCAUCAAUGACCAACGUCAGCAUUUUUGCUCAAGUUUACAACCUGCCAAGGAAUUCUGAGUAGUCAGGGGAGACAGUUGAGACAGAAGCACACAAGUGAACAGCACAACAAUGUCACAAUAUCUUAACCACAAACAGGGUUGAAGCCCUCUACACAGGAAAACAAAUCACACACACACACGCACACAUCAGCUGAGAAUCGCCACAGCACGCACGGCCAUUGAGAUGUGAUAUUUGCCUUCAUGCCAUUCCCCUGUGUCACAAAGGCACAAGCUAUGUAUAUCAAGGGUGGUGUUCCUCAGGCCAGGUUUAUUCAGUUGGCCAGCUGUGUGUUGAUUUUUUAACUUUGUGAUUGAUAUUCCGAGCCCAUUAUGUUCUGUUGUUGAGACAUUACUAGUAGGUUUACAUCUUAGGCCUACUGAGUUUACCUAUCUGGGUUUGUCCCUGAGUCACCUUUGUAUAAUGCACCCAAAGGUUGAGAAAUUCUCAACUGGGUGUGAUCAAUUGGUGUUGUAAACCACGCAAGUCAGAAGCCCUGUGACUUUUUUUUUUGGCUACAAGACUGAAAUCACCAAGCUUUUUUUUGUUAGAUUUACGACAGCCAACCGUAGUUAACCGAUGUGGGCCUGCCACUAAGCCACGUACUUAGGAACUACCAGCCCCCAGAGCUGUAAAACAUAGAUGUCAGCAUGAGCUCACUACACCUCCCUCACGUCCGUCUUCACCAGAGGCACCUCCUGCUAAGUGUUUUAUUAUUUUUUCGUUUGUCUGUUUUCUGUGUGCGUGCGUGUGCGUUAUCUUCCUUUUUUCUGGAAGUAUUAAGACAUGAUUAUCCAGAUUUAUACAAAAGCUCACUGUUAUAAUGCUUUGUAAACAGAAACUAGUGUUGUAGUGAAUGUUUUGAUUUUAAGUGAAACCAACCAAUGUUAAUAAACUAUUUUUGAGAGAAGAGCA